UCUUUGACGCAAGGGCUCGAGACGCAGCCGCCGUCGGCCGAGCGCCCGGCUAGGAGCGACCCCAGACGGAGCCUCCGGAGUUCCUCCGCCCCCACCUCGCCGGGUCUUGGAGCCGCGGUCCUCCCAGCCGCCCUCCUCGUGGCCAUGGAGUGUCCACACCUGAGCUCCAGCGUCUGCAUCGCUCCGGACGCAGCCAAGUUCCCCAACGGCUCCCCGUCGUCCUGGUGCUGCAGCGCCUUCAAAUGUUUAUCUGGUGUGACUGUAUUAUGCCCUCAGAGAGUACUGUAUGUUGCCCAGGCUGUCCUCGAACUCUAGGCUCAAGUGAUUCUUCUGCCUCAGCCUCCCAAGUAGCUGGGACUACAGAUGCAAUCACCACCACACUUGGCAGUGUGCCGGUCCAACAAAAGCCCUUGGGUCUGUUUGACUUGUUCAAGUGUCCACUGUGGAAGGAUUUGGGGAACCUGAAAAUACUUUGUACAGAUAACUUUUUUUAAAAAAAGAAGAAAAGUAGAAGCACUUAAAUUCUGCACUUGAAGAGACAGAUUCCUCUCCUAGAUUUUGAGAGGUAUGUGAAUGGCCAUGCAAAAAAACAUUAUGAAGAUGCACAAGUACCCUUAACCAACCAUAAGAAAUCAGAAAAGCAAGAUAAAGCUCAGCACACAGUAUGCAUGGAUUGCAGUAGCUACAGUACAUACUGUUAUCGCUGUGAUGAUUUUGUGGUCAAUGACACCAAGCUGGGACUGGUACAGAAAGUCAGAGAACACUUACAGAACUUGGAAAACUCAGCUUUCACAGCUGACAGGCAUAGGAAAAGAAAACUUUUGGAAAACUCAACACUAAACAGCAAGUUAUUAAAAGUAAAUGGAAGCACCACUGCCAUUUGUGCCACAGGCCUUCGGAAUUUGGGGAACACGUGUUUCAUGAACGCCAUCCUUCAGUCACUCAGUAACAUUGAGCAGUUUUGCUGUUAUUUCAAAGAACUGCCCGCUGUGGAGUUAAGGAAUGGGAAAACAGCAGGAAGGCGGACAUACCACACCAGGAGCCAAGGGGAUAACAAUGUGUCUUUGGUAGAAGAGUUUAGAAAGACACUCUGUGCUUUAUGGCAAGGCAGCCAGACUGCAUUUAGCCCAGAGUCCUUAUUUUAUGUUGUUUGGAAGAUUAUGCCAAACUUUAGGGGCUAUCAACAGCAGGACGCCCAUGAAUUCAUGCGCUACCUUUUGGACCACCUACACUUGGAACUCCAGGGCGGUUUCAAUGGUGUUUCCCGCUCAGCAAUUCUGCAGGAGAAUUCUACUCUGUCUGCAAGUAACAAGUGUUGCAUAAAUGGAGCAUCUACUGUUGUCACGGCUAUAUUCGGAGGCAUUCUCCAAAAUGAGGUUAACUGCCUCAUAUGUGGGACAGAAUCUAGAAAGUUUGAUCCAUUCCUAGACCUUUCAUUAGAUAUUCCAAGUCAGUUCAGAAGUAAGCGCUCUAAGAAUCAAGAAAAUGGACCAGUUUGUUCAUUACGAGAUUGUCUUCGCAGUUUUACUGACUUAGAAGAACUUGAUGAGACAGAGUUAUAUAUGUGCCAUAAAUGCAAAAAGAAACAAAAGUCCACAAAAAAGUUUUGGAUUCAAAAACUACCCAAGGUGCUAUGCUUACAUUUGAAAAGAUUUCAUUGGACAGCAUAUUUAAGAAAUAAAGUUGAUACAUAUGUAGAAUUUCCAUUGAGAGGCCUAGACAUGAAAUGCUACUUACUAGAGCCUGAGAACAGUGGCCCGGAGAGCUGCCUGUAUGACCUCGCCGCUGUGGUGGUGCACCAUGGUUCUGGGGUUGGUUCUGGACAUUACACAGCAUACGCAACUCAUGAAGGCCGCUGGUUCCACUUCAAUGACAGUACUGUAACACUGACUGACGAGGAGACUGUGGUGAAGGCAAAGGCCUACAUCCUUUUCUACGUGGAACGCCAGGCCAAAGCUGGAUCAGAUAAACUUUAAUACCUCCUCCAAAUCAUCAUUCAUCAACCAUACCAGAGAAACAUUUCCAGUUUUCCACAAAUACUUGAUCCAAGAUUUAAUUUCAUUAUGCACUUUUCAAUUUCCUAUUUUGGGUUUAGUUUUUUCAAUGGUAGUGACUUACUGAACAUGGGCACCAACUAAUUUUGUUGUUGUUCUACCAGAAAACCUCAGCAGACGUUUUGAUUUGCUGCUUUAGUUGUAAUAAUUCAAUUUUUAUAUGUAGUUUUAAGAACUUAGUCUUAUUUGACUUUUUUAUUUUAUGUUAAUGUUUUCAGUUCUCACUAUGAGGCACAUUUACAUCAAUGCUUUUGUUCCUCUCACAUACUGAAAGCAAGAUAUGUUCCUUAUUGUGAAGAGUGACACAACUGCCUGCUGUCUUUUCACAGCUGUAAUGGAGAUCAGGUUGUCUCUAAAUCAAGGAUCAUGUGUGCACACAACUUGUGGCCCACAAAAUUUCACAGUGACUGCUGAGUAAUCAUUUUGCCUGUAAAAGAUAACAAAGGGCAUCAUUAAGUAGACCAGGUAAUUACUGCUUGUCUCUCAAGGCUGCUGUUUAUCAGCACUAACUAAAUAAAUUUGUUGGUUCAGUUGUACUUGUCCUGCAAAUACAAGAA